AUGGACGUUGUCUGCGACGGCCUGCGCGCGUCCAAGCAGCUCGUCAAGUCGCUGCUCAGCACCGGCACCGGCUGGUGCAGGCGCAUCGCCAACAACCCAAAGGGCGAGUACACGCACAAGGUCAACAACAUGAAGGUGAACCGCCGCAAGGACGAGCGCCUGCGCGAGGCGACGAGCUGCCAGAGAAAGAAGGAGAUGUAG